GUUGAUCGAAUUCGAACGAGAGUGGUUGUAAUUUUGAAAGUGGACGGGUAGUGUCGAGAACGCGAGUUGAUAAAGUAAAAAUAUUUAAUAUUCUUCCGUUUUGCUGCUGCUAUAAUAAAUAAAUUGUAAACAUCAUUUGAUGGUUUGUUCGUUUGUUUUGUGCAGGUUUCUCUUCUUCUAAAAAUAGCAAUUUAAUACCAUCAUUGUUUGUGUAUCGUGGAAACAAAAAAGUGAGGGAGAAACUUCGAGCUAAGCACGCAUCAUUUUCCUCUACUGCGUCAUCAUAGUGUAAUUUUAAUUAAUUUAAAUUCAAAUCGAAUGUAAUACACCAAAACACCACCAAUUGACUUGUGUGAAUAACGAUCCACUAUUCAUCAAUCAAUAUCAGACUGGUGGCAGGCAGUUACUCAGUCAGUCAAUCAGUUGUAGUGGUGGUGUUGACGACCGUAUAAGAGUAUACAUAAAUAAAUACUGCAAUACAAAAUAAUAAAUAAAUUAAUAAAGGGCGAUAUUUAGAUCGUGUCGAGUUAUGGAUUAAUUGCUUUUGCGUAGUAGUUGUUAUAAUUUUGUUGUUUAUUAGUUUUUACUAGCGCGAUCGUACACGUCUUAAUAGACGUCGUCGUUGCUGCCAUACGUCAUAUAAAAUACAGCAAUAAAUUGUGUGUGGCUGGUUAUUGGCGCUGACGGUUGCUGGAAUUUUGCGCAUUUGGAUCUCUUAAGCUGACAGCGUGUAUGUACUACGUUCAUGGAAACGAAAUAACCUUGGCAGUAUUUGUAAACGUUUGAACGAAAGGGAGCAGACAGAGCAACUCAAGCUAAUAGCUUAAUUUAAAUAUUCAUUGAAUAAACAAACCCCAACCCAUUGGUAUAAAAAUUGUUUCAACAUUUCCAGUGAAACCAGCAAUAUCUAUUACAUAUUGCAUCCGUAUCAACAACAAUCACGAACCAUUGUUGAGUAAACUUCUCACUCUGGGCAAUGAUAAGAGCAGUAGUUGCUUGAAUUGCGAAAACGUUCUCUGUGUAAUUAUUCAACCUUAUAUAGUGCUUUUAUCGCAAACAACGACAAAUACUGUAGGUUAUAGGUUCUGAUAAAAGAAGAAUAUUUAGCAGCCAUGAUUCAUGUUGGGGACAACACUUGGAAUCUGCGGAUUUUUAUAACGGAUCUGCAGGUGGAGAAGCACUUACGAGUAAAAGGUGAUCAACACAUUGGCGGUAUUAUGCUACAAUUGGUUGACCCUGAAAAUCCAAAAGAUUGGUCUGAUCAUGCUUUGUGGUGGCCAGAAAAAAAUAUGUGGUUAACACGCACCCGUUCUACCUUAGAUCAGGUGGGCGUUCAGGCGGAUUGUUUACUACAUUUUACGCCAAUGCAUAAAAUAUUACGUGUUCAAUUGCCAGACUUGCGAUACCUUGACUGCCGUGUUGAUUUUUCUAUAAAAACAUUUGCUGCCGUUGUAAAUUUAUGCAAAGAUUUGGAUAUUCGUCAUCCCGAAGAGUUGUCGUUGUGUAAACCUCUGGAAGCGGAUCAUUUAAAGAAAAACUUUGGAAAGUUUCCUCAGAAGAAAAUACCAAUUGCCGAACCUAAUGGAACAGUAUAUUUGCAACCAGCUCCCGACACCAAUUCAUUUAUACCAAUCAACUCUGCCUAUCAUGGCAGCAAUGGAAGUUUGGAUAGAACACAAAACGGCAACUUUCUGUGUGCACCAGUUUCACCCUAUGGCACCACUCCAAGAAGAGCAGGUACUGCUCCUGGUACACCAAUAAGUUCACCUACAGGUACAUGGAAGCAUAGCAGCAAUGGAUACAUGACAUAUGAUUCUGGAUCUAGUCUAGGAGAUUUUCAAGAGAAUUUAGCUGCCUCUCCUCGUUCACCCAGUCCUGAUGUUCGGUCGCGACUGGUACGACCAAAAUCGUUGAUUGAAAAGGCUCGAAUGAAUGUUGGCUGGCUCGAUUCUUCUCUAUCGAUAAUGGAACAAGGCAUUAGGGAAUACGACACCUUAAGCCUUCGAUUCAAAUACUACACAUUCUUCGACUUGAACCCCAAAUACGACCAGGUUCGCAUUAAUCAGUUAUAUGAGCAAGCAAAGUGGGCCAUUUUGAAUGAGGAAUUAGAUUGUACCGAAGAAGAAAGUCUAAUGUUUGCAGCUUUGCAAUUUCAGAUUAAUCAACAGAAUGAAACAUAUCAAGGUACUGAUUCAGGAAUUGAUUCCAUGAAUACGGCAAACGGCACUGAUGAUGACAUCGAUUCUGCUUUAAAUGAGUUGCAAAUAUCAUUAGAAGGGCCAAAUGCCAAUGUGGAUGGCAACAUAACAAAAAUACCCGAAUUAUCUGAUUAUUUGCGUUUUCUAAAACCGCGCAAAUUCACAAUGAAAGGAUACAAAAGAUAUUUCUUCACCUACCGUGACCUUCAUCUACAUUUGUAUAAAAGUGCUGAAGAAUCGCGACGUGCAGCUCCAGCUAUAACCAUUAAUUUGCGGGGUUGUGAAGUUACACCUGACAUUGUACUGUCGCAGGGAAAGUUUGCAAUACGAUUGGAAGUUCCGCCUGAAAGCAGUAAUGGACCUAACAGUGAAGUUUGGAUACGUUGCGAGAAUGAGGAACAGUAUGCAAAAUGGAUGGCUGCCUGUCGCCUAGCCUCAAAAGGACGUUCUCUAGCAGACAGUUCUUACGAAAGUGAAGUAUCGAAUAUACAGACUUUGUUAAAUUUGCAAAAACCUGCUCAUGGUGUUGCUGUCAAUGUUGAUCCCCGAUCUAUUGAAACGGUUGACUAUUUGCCACCAAGAAUGCUGAGAAAAUUGUCUAGUAAAGCUGCCCAGCGUAUACUGGAAGCGCAUGCCAAUGUCCGUACACUUUCACUUAUGGAUGCAAAGUUAAAGUAUAUUCAAGCAUGGCAGUCGUUGCCAAACUUUGGGGUCUCCUUGUUCGUUAUUAAAUUUGAUGGACAUAAAAAAGAAGAAUUGUUAGGCGUUGCUUACAAUCGCAUUAUGCGAAUGGACUUGGGUUCUGGCGAUCACAUAAAAACUUGGCGCUACAACACAAUGAAAGCAUGGAAUGUUAAUUGGGGUAUCAAAUGCAUGAUGAUUCAAUUCCAUGAUGAAAACGUCGUUUUCUCCGUUCAGUCUGCCGACUGUAAAGUUGUUCACGAAUUUAUUGGUGGCUACAUUUUUAUGUCUAUGCGUUCCAAAGAAAACAAUCAAACCCUUAAUGAAGAAAUGUUCCAUAAGCUUACCGGAGGUUGGGUUUAAUUAAUAUAAUACUUAAAUACCAGUAACAAACCUGCAAGUGCCAAGCACAGAAAAUGCAUGCUCCCUAACUAUAUUAAAGUUU